GUUGCAGCACUUCCGCUUCUCUCCCAGCGAGAGAGACACGAGUGGCCAGGCCCAGCCGCACCGAGGAGGAGCAGCCAGACACAAAGGGAGAGGUUGGGGUUGUGGUGGGGGGGUCGCUAUGUCGGAUGACGAUUCGAGGGCCAGCACCAGCUCCUCCUCAUCUUCAUCCUCCAACCAACAGACAGAGAAAGAGGCAAGCACCCCUAAGAAGAAGGAAAGCAAAGUCAGCAUGAGUAAAAACUCUAAGCUGCUGUCUACCAGUGCCAAGAGGAUUCAGAAGGAAUUGGCUGACAUCACCUUAGAUCCACCUCCCAACUGCAGUGCUGGCCCCAAAGGUGAUAACAUCUAUGAAUGGAGAUCAACCAUUCUAGGACCUCCAGGCUCUGUCUAUGAGGGAGGUGUUUUCUUCCUUGACAUCACAUUUACACCAGAAUAUCCUUUCAAGCCUCCAAAGGUAACGUUCCGGACAAGGAUCUAUCACUGUAACAUUAACAGCCAAGGCGUCAUCUGCCUGGACAUUUUGAAAGACAACUGGAGUCCAGCAUUAACCAUUUCUAAAGUUCUCCUGUCCAUCUGCUCCCUCCUCACAGACUGCAACCCUGCUGACCCCCUGGUUGGAAGCAUUGCCACUCAGUAUAUGACUAACAGAGCAGAGCAUGACAGAAUGGCCAGACAAUGGACCAAAAGAUAUGCUACAUAAAUUGCGUUUCUGUCAGAUUUACAUUAUUUGUCUGUGAUGGAAAGAGCUGCUUAUGAUUUUGAAGGGGUGGG